AGCUACAAAGUUUAAAGCAAACAUGUCAUCCUCGGUAAUAGUUCCUGUAAUUGAUGUCCAAAGUAAUAAUUUCAAGGAGCUCUGGCCAGCACUGGUGGUUGCCAUUAAAACGUCAUCCUUCAUUGCGCUCGACACGGAGCUGAGUGGUCUGGGAAACAGAAAGUCCUUGCUGGCUGAAUCUAUAGAGGACAGAUAUAAAGCAAUAUGUCAUGCUGCUCGCUCCCGCUCCAUCAUUUCCCUGGGGAUUGCGUGUUACAAGAAGUUGGACCACAAGCCUCCAGACUCUUACCUGGUCCAGGUGUAUAACCUCACCCUGCUGUGUUCAGAGGAGUACAUCAUAGAGCCCCAGUCAGUCCAGUUCCUGGUGCAGCAUGGGUUUGACUUUAACAAGCAAUACAGCAAUGGAAUCCCUUACUGCAAGGGCAACAAUAAGGGAGGUUCAGAUGAUCGUGGGGUCCACAUCCGAGCUUUGUUUACUGAGCUGCUGCGCGCCAGGAAGCCCCUGGUGCUACACAACGGCCUCAUCGACAUGGCCUUCCUUUACCAGAGUUUUUAUGCUCACCUCCCUGAGCGGCUGGCCACCUUCACCGCCGACCUGUCUGAGAUGUUUCCUGCUGGCGUUUACGACACCAAAUAUGUGACAGAAUUUGAGCUCCGGCUGACUGCCUCAUAUCUUGAAUAUGCAUAUAAGAAAUGUAAGCUGGAAAACAGUCGUUGUGUCACGUCUGACUCACCCGGACCUCAUAUCCACAUAGAAUUUUGUCAGUAUGUGGGUCACUUGUCCACGUAUAUUGACUACAGAGAGUGUCCGGCUGUGCCAACCAUAGAAGGACAGACGGACAUCUGCCAGCGCUUCUCAGCUUUCGGCUGGUGUCCGAAUGGCACCAAGUGCCCAUUAUCCCACGAUACCGACCUGAUCAUCCUACAGGAUGAGAAAUGCAAGGAAGACAAAAGGAAGAAGCGGAAGAGACGGAGAGAGAAAAAAGGUGGAUUAGAUACAGCAGAGGACUGCUCCAUCUUGGAUGGCGUCCCACAGAAUAAAAUUCCAAACAUGGAAGUGGAUAAGGAAGAAGCAGCAGGUGACCAGCAAGAGACGCAUGAAAAAUCAUGCUCUGAAGGUGUGCCUCAAAUGGGCACUGAUCAAAUAGAUGAAAGGCAGAGCAUGAAAAGUGACGACAAGGAAAACGGAGCGAGUGAAGACAAAACAGACACCAGAGUCUCUGUCACCACAGCCAAAAGUGCUGAAGGAAGCUCAGGAGAAGGUACUGAUGUCCAUUCUGCUGAGGCCGAUGUUCAGACGAAGAAGAAGGCUGAUGCAGGAUCACAUCGGGCGGGGUUUGAUGCUUAUAUGACAGGAUACAUCUUUGCCUACUCGUGCACCCUCGCCAAGAAGGAAGAGGCUGGGGUGGGAGAAAUCGACAGGGAGUCGGAGCAGUCCUGGCUCCCCACCUGUAUCAAUAGGAUCUAUCUCAGUGGCAAAGCAGCUCCUCUCAAUGUGGUGAAAAGCACCUUCUCCAAAUCAUCCAAGGCCCACAUUCAGAAGAUGGAAAUGGUGUGGAGGGAGAAGAUUUAGCACAGUUUCUUUAUACAUCAGGUCUGUCAUUUUAUCUCACGAAAGAUGAGGUUGGUGGUUAUACUUUUAUUUUGGCAGCUGUUGGUUGGAUUUGUGUAAAACAAAAAAAGAAAUGUAGAUAUCUGAGACUGGGCAGAUGUAAAAGUCUUAUUGAUCCAGCCUAAAUACUGAUUAAGCCCAGAUCAGUCAGUUAAUCAAUUUAUGUUAAUGAAAAUUAGAGCUGAUCUUGCUUUAUCCAUCACCAUUUGCUGUAAGCAGUUACAAUUUUGAAAAUAAAUCAAAGUUGAUCAGCAGUUUGUAUGUUUUUCUAUUCCUGCUCUAUUCCCUAAACAGUAUCUGUUGAGACAGAACAUGGCCUCACUUAUCAAAUAACAUUUAAAAUCCAGCUGCCAACCCAAUUAAUUAUCUGACCUUUGACUUGAAAUAGGUUGUUUGGUUUCCAUGGUUACCACAAUGCAGAUUUUGUACUUCACCGUUUGUGUUGGCAAUUAAAAGCUUAUGAACAAUUC